ACUUCAGGAUUCUACGUGGUGAUUGCCACGCGCACUGACUGACCCGCUGUUGAUGGUCCCGGCCUUGGCCGCUGGACAACUUCACCAUGGGGAGCGACUUCCAGCUCUUUUCCCCCCAGUCCUCGGACCGCAGAGAAUCCCACGCCGAAUCCAUGUCCUUCCCGCCGUCGACCGACGAGUCCAGCCAGGACUGGACGCAGUGGAUGAGAUGGGAUGACCAGGCCCUGGCCGACGGCGCCAAGGACCUUUCCCAGUCGCCAUUCGACGUGCCCUUCACCUCGCCCAACACCUCCGCCGAAAAUCCCGACCUCUUCCGCAAAUCAGACUUCUCCCCGGAUAUCUCGCUCGACUGCGCCAAUCUCCCGUUUGACACGUUCCUCGGCCGAGCCUUCGACGGCGUGUCCGAGCCCAAGACCUUCUCCGGCGCCGACCUACAAUCCGCCAUGUCCAUCACAUCCGCCUCCCCGCUGUCCUCCGAGGGCGCCGGCCGCAAACGCAAGUCCGGCAGCGACGACGACGGAUCGACAGUCAGCAUGGUCGCUCCCACCGGCAGGAAGAUGCCGGCCAAGAAGCGAGCCCACAACGUCAUCGAGAAACGGUACCGAGCGAACUUGAACGAGAAGAUCGCCGAGCUGCGGGACAGCGUGCCCAGUCUGCGGGCCUCGAAGAAUGCCGCGGGCGGCUUGCUGGAUGAAGACGAGGGCGAGGGGGUCACCGCCUCCAGCAAGCUGAACAAGGCGUCCAUUCUGUCCAAGGCGACGGAGUACAUCCGCCACCUCGAAAUCCGUAACAGGCGACUUGAAGACGAGAAUACCGCGCUGAAAAACAGACUCCGCCAGGCGGAGAAGGCCGUCGACCACACCCUAACCUCCGCAGCGUCGGUCUCCUCGCCCAGCAACUACACGGUUUCGACGGAAUCUGGAGCGAGUUCAUCGCCAAGUGUGUUCUCGCACGCAGAAGAUAGCCCCAGCGACUCUCCGACAUCUGCGCAUCCCCCAGAGGGCCUGCUACAGGUACCGGAUGCCUUCAAGCGCAUGCACGCCGAAACCCCGAAAGACAACGCUUUCUCCCAAUCAUAUAUGCAGUUCCCCAGCAGCAAUGGUGGAAACGGACGUCGGCGCUACUACCCCAACAAAUACAUGCUCGGCGCCCUGGCUGGCCUGAUGGUCGUUGAGGGCCUGGGCAAAGAGAAGGACACGGAUUCCACCGCGAAGGGGUUGCUGGCAGUCCCGAUGAAUGUACUUGGCAGCCUUCAAAGCAGCCUGCAGAGUCCGACGGCCGCGUACUGGCUCGCCAUGGUCCGCAACUUUUGGUACUCGUGGCAUGCGCGCGCUAUAUCGCACUUUCUGAUCCUUGCCACGCUCGUUGUCGGCAGUGCGUUCGUGGUGUUCGUCUAUCUUUUCAACGCCAGCCCGGGCCGUCAGUCCGCGUCAUCGAAGACGGCUUCUCUGUCAGACUCGCUAUCGGCAUCGAACUACCGCCGCCAGGCGUGGCUGACCAGUAUCCAGCGGGUUGGUGUCCCACGUCACCGCUUUUUCCACGAGUGGUACGUCGUGACCUCGCGCUGCUUCGAGUAUGUGCUACGGUGUCUCCUGGGGUGGAAACUUUACUCCUCGCUUACCGGAGUGACCGAGGAUGAUGAGAACGGUCGAGUUAAAACCUGGGACAUUGCCAUCGACGCACAGCUGGCGGGUGGCGACACCGAAAUCAGCAAGAGCCGGCUGGUGCUCACCAUCUUCGCGGCGGGAACGCUGCCUCGCAGUCCCAUGCGGAUGAUGCUCAAAGCCCUUCACUGUCGCAUCCUGCUCUGGCGAGUCGGCAACCCCGGGUCGUGGAGCUCUGAUCUGUCCAACGAUGUCGCCCGCAGCCUGGCAAGAUACCAGUGGGACCUUGCCCGCAAGAUGCAUCAGUGUGUGCCGAAGGGUCAUGCGGAUGCACUGCCCAGUCACCUGGCGGCGCUGCUCCAGCUGGACUGCGAAGACGUCAUGAUCGACAGCAUUGUGCAGAGGGCGGCCAACCUCACCUGGAACCGUCCCACCCAGGAGGGCACGGACGACGACGAGGCACUCCUGGAUGUGGUGGAGGAAGACCCGGCCAUUCAAUCCUCCUUGGAUGCUCUUGCCGCCUGGUGGUCCAGCCAUCUACUGCAGCGAGCGCUGCUGAGGUACUUCGAGGCCAGUUCCGGCGGUCCCGACGCCAAGAAGAGCCGCGACCUGUUCAAAUCCAAGAUCAAGCUCGCCCUGGACGUCGCCCCCCAGCCGUCGGCGGCACACACCCGCGCUCUCGUCAUGCAGGCGGUGUUCCUCGAGCAGGACCGGGCCGCACACAUCGGAGCGGUCCUGGCGGCGCUGCCCAAGGAGAAGGGGAAGUGCAAGCAGAACCAAGGCUUCAACUUCCUCGACUCGUCGCUGCCGGUGUCGAUCCGGGAGGAGAUUACGAUCUCAGUGCGCUGCGCCAUGAUCGCGGCCAUCUUCACUGCGCGGACUACGGGCGACACCUCCCUGCCGGCGUCGUUCACCAUCCAGAAAGCCAUCACCUGGUUCAACCAGCUGCCGCUGGACCCGGUGGACCUGACGCUUCUCGGCUUCGCGUCCGUCUACCAUCUGCUACACGUUCUCGCUUCGGACACCGACUACAUGUCGUCGUCCGACUCUUCCGCGUCGCGGAGCUCGUCGCCAGCCUCAAUGUCCGACGACGAGGCGGACACACCGCGGCUGUCUGCAAAGCCAGAGAUCGUGCAAGCAUCCAUCCCCAACCUGGGCCGCGUGGCCUCCGAGCUGAUGUACUGGGCGCGGAAUGCCUACAACCCGGCCUUCUACGGAUUUACUCCCCAACUGGUGCAGGUGAUCGAGGCCGAGUGCACGACGCUGUGCCAUAGCGCCGGGGUCGACGUGGCUGACUACUCCCGCAUCCAGGAGGAGAAAAUCAAGGCCAAGCAGCAGAAAGACAAAAAAAAGAAGAGACAGGCUAGACGAUCGUGAGCCAUAGACUAGACUACCCCGCAUCCGAGUUCGUGCACCAUACAUACCUCAUACAAACCGGAUAUCACCGUUACGUUACGUUGCUUAAUGACUUGCCUUGCCUUGCCACCGGCUUUCUCCAUGCAUUCAAACUUUUGUUUUUACUUUGUGGGCGUUUUGUUAUGUGUGGGCGAGGGCGACCGCCCGCCCGGCGAUCACAUCUGGUACGGGACGGCGUUGGAUUGUCACUGGUCAGAUACUUCUCUAUCUUCCCUCAGAUUCGGAAUCGAAUGGAUCGGAUCGGAACAGACCUGAUCUUGUAAUUUAAUAGUAUGAUGUUCGUGUCUGAUAGUGCCGUCUCUUCCUACUACCUAUAUACCUACCUACCUACCCACCCACCUACAGUCCUC